CGUAUCAAUACAUAAAAGAUCGGGUAGUUUUAGAAUUAAUAGUGAAAAAGUGUAAUACGUGUGGAAAAAAUGGAACGCAGAUCUUUCAGAUAUAGUUCUUCUUACUAUCGAUCUUUGAAGGCACUGAAUGAAAGCAUAAUCUCUCAUAGUACUGAUCCUGAUGAAGAAAUGGAACAAGAGCAAACACGUGGGAAUCAAUUCGUUUAUUUUGAUUUCAGCGAUCAAGUUGAUAAUGAUAAUUUUUCUUAUUCAUCUGAUGAGAGCGUUUCAAGUGAAGAUGACUUUGAAAGUACUCCGGAUAUUUACGAAGAUAUCCAUAUUUGGGCAGUGGAAUAUAAUAUCAAACACUGUGCACUUACUAAGUUAUUGCACAUACUAAGGAAAGUUCCAGUUCUACAUUAUUUACCAAUGGAUGCUCGAACUAUUUUGGAAACCCCACGGCAUGUAAAUGUAAGCCCUAUGGGAUCAGGCGAAAUGUGGUAUAAUGGACUUAAGCCGGUAUUAUAUAAAUUGCUUGGACAACAAAAUUUAGACGAAAUUCCGAAAAUAUCCCUUAAGUUUCACGUGGAUGGCCUCCAAAUCUUCAAAAGUUCAAAAGUUGAUUUAUGGCCUAUUUUAUGUGCAAUUGAAGAGCUACCAAAUAUCCCACCUCAAGUUAUUGCAAUCUAUUGUGGAAAUGGAAAACCUUCAAACGUAUCAGAAUAUUUGAAAGAAUUUGUUCCGGAGAUACAGGAUUUAUUAACAAAUGGAUUAGAAAUCGAUAUGUAUCAUAUAAAAGUUGCUAUCAAAUGCUUCUUGUGUGAUCUCCCAGCACGAGCAUUUUUAAAAGGAACUGUUUACUUUAAUCACCGUAGUGGUUGCAGUAAAUGUACAGCAAUUGGAGAAAAUGAAUCAGGAAAUAGAAUGAGUUUCCCUAAUCUAAACGCUCAAAAACGAACAAAUGAAAGUUUUCGUCAACGCAAAAAUAUCAGCCAUCAUCGAGAAUCAUCUGUAAUUGAAAGAUUACCUGUGGACAUGGUUAAAGAUUUUCCCAUUUCUGAUGAUCUUCACCUUUUACAUCAAGGAGUUAUGAAGAGGAUGUGUUCACUAUGGAUUGCAGGGCGCAAUAACUACUAUACGAAAUGGUCAGCAAAUGACGUAAAGAAAGUAUCGGAAGAACUGGUUAAACUAAACUUAUAUAAACCAAAGGAACUACAUCGUCAAAUAAGAGACUUGAGUGACAUUUCAAGGUGGAAAGGUACGGAAUGGAGAACGCUGCUAAUGUAUACCGGUGUUGUAGUUCUACGCAACAUACUUAGACCAGACGUAUAUUACAAUUUUUUGUUGUUAUUUUGCGGAGUGACAAUCUGUGAAACUUCUUAUUAUAAAUUUCUUCUUCCUGUUGCCGAUUCUAUGCUUAAGGAAUUCGUAAAAACUUAUAUUGAGAUUUAUGGAAGUGAUGAAAUAGUGAUGAAUAUUCAUUCUACUAUACAUAUAGUAGACGAUGUACAGAACCAUGGACCACUUGCAUCAAUGUCUACAUAUAUUUUCGAGAAUCUGCUCAAAGAUGUUAAGCAAUGUGUAAGAAAUGGUAAAAAACCACUCAUUCAGGUUGCUCGAAGAUUAAUUGAGAAAUCUCAUGUAGAUAUGUUGAAAGCAAAGAAAACCAAAAUAUACCCCAAUCUAGAAAAGAAGACAUCCGAACAUCAUGAACGUAAUGAUUGUACAGGGACUUACUGUAUACUGAAUUUGAAUAAAUAUUUAACAUUCAGGAACGACAAUAAAAACUGUUGGUUUAUGAAUAGUAAUAAUGAAAUCAUAAGAAUUUGUAACAUAACAAUUCACAACAGAGAAAUAGUUAUAUAUGGUAAAAAGAUUCUUAGAAUUAAAGACUUCUUCACAGAACCUAUUAAAUCCUCCACCUUAAAUAUUUAUUGUUCUGAUACUAUGGUUUGUGAUAUGCAAAAACUUUAUAAAUUAACAGAUAUAAAAUGUAAAAUGUUUGGAAUGGAGUACAACACAAUGUACAUUUUUGUUCCCCUUGUUCACACAUUUAAUUUGUAAAAUCUGAUGAAGACUUCUGAAUAAAACAAACACUUUUUUGAUGUUUUUUUCUUUAUUAUGGGUAUUAUUACAAAGGCACACAAAAGCUUAGAAAUAGAAAAAGAGAAAAAUUAGUUAAGUUCUUUUUGUAAGAUUGAUACUAUCGUGCAAAUAUUAUCUACUAUUUUUUUUCAAUUAAUAAAGAUUGUUAGAAUUUA